UCUAUGAUCUAAUCUAUUUUUCAUCUAUCACAAGUCUGUCUUAUUAUUUAUACUUUAUUGAUUAACGUUUUGAAAACAGUAACAUCCUUAAUUAUUCAAUCUACUAUGAGUUAUCACCUACAAUGUUUCUAAAAUAUGUUUUUUUUGCUUUGACAUUGUUGGAUUUUCUUGUAUUGACAUCGUUUUGCUUUCUGUGGAUGCUGCUACUGUUUAUCUGACUUCAUACUUUCUUUUCUUUUUUCUUUUUUGGCAGAUAAGAUUCACAGCAAAAUGGGUGAAGGUACCUUUGGGCAGGUUCUGGAAUGUUGGGAUAGGGAAAGGGAGGAAAUGGUAGCCAUCAAAAUUGUCCGGGGCAUCAAUAAGUACAGAGAAGCUGCUAUGAUAGAGAUUAAUAUGCUGCAACAGCUUGGGAAGUAUGAUAAGAAUGCAAGUCGUUGUGUGCAAAUACGGAACUGGUUUGACUAUCGUAACCAUAUCUGUAUUGUAUUUGAGAAGCUUGGUCCAAGCUUAUACGAUUUUCUACGCAAAAACAGUUAUCGCUCAUUUCCAAUUGAUCUUGUCCGCGAGUUUGCCAGACAACUAUUGGAAUGUGUAGCAUGUGUGUAGACAGUACUUCCACAUCUUUUUUUUUAUUGUUCAUCUUCAUCUGUGUUUUUCUGCUUGUUUUGUUUUACCCUUAUGGUUAUAUAACCUA